AUGGCUACUAACAUCACUUGGCACGGUAACGUUACUCAUGAAGAAAGAGUGCAAAUCACGCAGAAAAAAGGUGCUACGAUUUGGCUCACAGGAUUGAGUGCCUCUGGAAAAAGUACUGUGGCCUGUGCUUUGGAAACUUAUUUACUUAAACUGGGAUUUCCUGCUUACAGGCUCGACGGAGAUAAUGUGAGAUUUGGCUUGAACAAAGACUUGGGAUUCUCUGAGAAGGACAGAAACGAGAACAUUCGAAGAAUCUCAGAGGUGGCCAAAUUGUUUGCUGACGGUUGUAUUAUCGCUCUGACCUCGUUCAUUUCUCCCUAUAAGAAAGACCGUGAUGCUGCAAGAAAGCUACAUCAAGACGCCGAGCUUCCAUUCGUCGAAGUGUUUGUGGAUGUGCCGAUUGAAGUGGCCGAGAAAAGAGAUCCGAAAGGAUUGUACAAAAAGGCACGUCAGGGUAUAAUCAAGAACUUUACGGGAAUAGACGAUCCUUAUGAAUCUCCCGAGCAUCCUGAAAUUCACUUGCAUACAGACAAACAGUCUGUAGAGGAAUGUGUUGAAACCAUUCUUGAUUACUUGAAGAAUCGAAAGAUCAUUGGUUGA